UAUUCGUUCGUAAUUUUUACAUAAGUAUACAACAAUCUGAAUGAAUUGAGUGAAUUUAUUAUUAAUAUCUGUCUCAGUUUUUUUUUUUUWAAUUCUACUAUUCUACUAUUAACCAGYCAAACAAAAUAUAUUUUAUAUAUUAUACAAUAUAGUGUACGUAUCAUGGCUAAUGUUGAGAAGAUUAUACGCAAAGGUUUAAGUAAUAAGAAAGAUUAUUUGUUGCAUAAAUUAAAAAAUGGUAUGAAAUGCAUGUUAAUCAGUCAGCCAGAUAAUGGAUGUAAAACUACUAAGCCUGAGCUCAAUAGAAUGUCAGUUACUACUACAGAUGAAAAUGAUGAUUCAUUGACCGAUGAGUCUUAUUCGAGUGAUGAAGAAGAAACACAAAAAGAAAUUAGUGAUUCAUUUGCAAUGUCUUUAUGUGUUCAUAAUGGUAGUUUUAGCGAUCCUGUUGARGCACAAGGACUAGCACAUUUAUUGGAACAUAUGGUAUCAAUGGGAAGUAAACGUUAUCCAGCAGAUAAUCAUUUCGAUCGGUUUUUAUAUCGAAAAGCUGGCUAUUCAAAUGCUGAAACUGGAUGCGAAUACACAAAUUACCAUUUUGAAGUACCCAUGGAAUAUUCUCAAGAAGCGUCAGAUAUAUUUGCUAGUAUGUUUCAGGCACCUAAAUUAGCAAAGGAAUCAAUCGAUAAAGAAAAGCAAGUUGUAGAUUCAGAAUUUCAAAUGGCUAUUUCAGAUGAUGAUAGUCGUAUACAAAGAUUGAUAUCAAUGUGUGCUGAUAAAGAUAAUCCUGCUGGACAAUUUUUUUGGGGAAAUUUGGAUAGUCUAAAUCACAAAAAUUUGAGUGAAAUGGUCGUAGAUUUUUGGAAAACUCAUUAUUCAGCCAGUCGUAUGACUCUUGCAGUUCAAAGUAAACAAUCAACACAUGAGAUGGUUGAGUGGAUUGAUAAUUUAUUUAGUGAAGUACCAACAGAUAACCUACCACCACCAGUAUUUAAAAUUAGUCAAGAUCCGUUCUAUCCAAACCUUUUUCACAAAAUAUUCAAAAUCGUAUCAGUAAGUUCUACUAAAAAUAUAAUAUUUACUUGGUAUUUACCUCCAAUUAUUGAGCUUUAUAAAAUUAAGCCAUUAGAAUACAUUGCAUGGGUUGUAGGUCACGAAGGUAAAGGAACACUGAUUAAUUAUUUGAGAAAAUUGAACUAUGCGAUGGAACUAGAAGCUGGAGUUGAAGAUGACUUUUAUAGUAAUAGUAUUUAUAGUUUAUUUUCCAUAACAAUCGAACUGACUGAUUUAGGCAUACAAAAUGUUAAUGAAAUAAUUGAGCUUAYUUUUAGUUAUUUGAAAUUAAUCAAAGAAAACGGUAUAUCUGAAGAUAUUUUUAAUCAAAUUCAAAUUUUGGCAGAAAAUGACUUUAAUUUUGCUGAAAAUAAAACAGCCAUAAAUCACGUAAAAGAAAUUUCUCAAAACAUGUUGUAUUAUGAUGAAGAAGAUUAUAUAUGCGGUCCAGCUUUACUUUAUGAAUAUUCGCCAGAAACAAUUGCAAAGUUUUUAAACUUAUUAACAGUAGACCGUGUAGCCAUUUUUAUAUUGGCUAAGGAAUUUGAUAACUCUGAUGUGUUUAUAAAAGAUCCAAUCUUUGGAACAAAAUAUUUAGCUGAAAGUUUAACAGAAGAAUUAGAAAGUAAGCUGUCAUCUAUUACACCACAUCCGUGUUUUAAAAUUCACAGUGAUAAUCAAUAUUUAACUAAAAACUUUACAAUUUUAUCCCUUAGCACAGAUAUGAAGUAUCCAGAAAAAAUAUUUGAAAAUGAUCAUAUUGAAUUGUGGUAUAAACAAGAUAACCAUUUUAAGCUACCUAAAAGCUAUAUCAUGUUUUAUUUUAUUACUCAGCUACCUUCAAAAUCAUUGGAAAACUAUAUGUGUAUGGAUUUGUUUUUUGAUUCUAUUGUGUUUUUGUUAAAUGAAGAAACAUAUCCAGCAGUAAUGGCUCAACUCAAUUACAGCAUUAGAGUAUUUAUAACUGGGUUUGAAUUGGCAUUUAAUGGUUUUAAUGAGAAACUUCCCUUACUCAUAGACAUAGUAAUAAAAUGUUUAAAUAACUAUACAAGCUUGAUGACUGAGGAAAUAUUUACCAUGAUAAAGUCAAAAGCUAUCAAUAGACUUAAAAAUAAUCAAUAUGAUUUAGAUUAUGUUCCSUCUGAUUUAAAAAAUAGUGUGAUUCAAGAUCCUGAUUGGUAUAUAGACAAAAGAUUAAAAUAUUUAGAAACUUUAGAAUACAAACAAAUUCUUACAUUUUAUGAACAACUUAAUCAUUUAUAUUGUAGAUCGUUAAUACAAGGAAAUAUUAGUCAGGCCCAAGCUAUUGAUCUUUCAAAAAAAGUUGUAAGUAUGUUAAAUUACCAGCCUUUAGCCAAAAAAUGUUUUCCAAAUGUGUUGAUAAAACGACUAAAUCAAGGCGAUUUCAGAGUAAAAAUGGCAAACUAUAAUCCAAAAGAUAACAACUCAAUGGCUUAUAAAUAUUAUCAGUUUGAUAAAAAUGAAAUCAAAGAUUCUGUAAAGUACCAUGUAUUACAGUCAAUGAUAGAAGAAUCAGCAUUUGAUGAAUUACGAACAAAACAAUGUCUGGGCUAUGAUGUACAAUUAAAUGUAACUGAUACUUACCAUCAUUAUGGAUUUUAUUUCAAGGUGGCACAUCAAAAAAAUAAAUUUGAAACACAAUAUGUGUUUAAUAGAAUGGAUGAAUUUUUGAAACAUUUUUGGGAUAACUUUAAUGAUCCAGAUGAAGUCGAUAAAGUUAAAGAUGCAUUAAUUGCAUUAAAAGAAUCUCCUGAUGAUUGUUUAGGACAAGAAUUUAGUAGGAAUAUAAAUGAAAUUCUGGAAGGACGUUUCAAAUUUAAUAGAUUAGAAUUAGAAAUAGAAGCAUUGAAGAAUAUGAAAUAUGAUGAUGUUAAAAAUCUAAAACAAGGGUUUUUAAAUGGACGGACAUUUAGUGUUGAAAUCAUUGGUCAUUGUAACACAAAAAGUUUGAACAAUGAAAGUCCACCCAUUAAAAAAAUGUGCCUCGAAGAAAAUGAAAAUUUUAUGUAUAUUGAUAAUGUUGAAGAAUUUAAAAGYAAUUUAAAACCCUUUUGAUAAAAUUAUUAUUAUAAAUACAUGUUGCUUAUGUUUCUGUGAAAUAUUACUAAUAAAAUAUUAUUAGCUACUUUAUUUCAAUGCUUCACCUAUAUUAGUACUUUUUUUACUUCUUUUCUAACAAACRCAUCAUUGGAAACCAUGUCAGUUUAUAUAGUUAUAAAUAACUUAGAUUWCCUCACUUUAAAACUCUAUAACUUAAAAUACUUGUUUUUAUAUAAAUAAUUAAUUACUAUGGACAGAUUAAUUGCUAACACGAAAUAGUGUAAGUACUGUAUUUAACUGUUAAAAAUGGUGUAUAGAAUCAGUUCUAAUUCUAAAAAAUGCAUCAGGUACUGGCUUAAGUUCUACUAUAAUAUUAUCCUCAAAUAAAUACUGGAAUAUAUUUUGUGUUAAAUAAAUUUUAGUUAUUGAAAUAUAAAUAUGAAUAUGAUCUUUAGAGUAUUAACAUAAACAAUGUUCAUGGUUGACAACAUGUUGACCAGAAUCAUAUCUUGCUUGUUGUAUUGUUUUAAUAUUUGUAUGAACA